CCAAAAUCAAUGAUAUUGAUACCAGUGAUUGAUACAUAUUAUAUCUACCAUGGUCUCUUACACUGCGAGUAUUGAUAUUCUGCGCUAUACUUAGUCGAAGUUUCAGUUUUUUUAAUAUUCAAGAAGGUAUUUCCAUCGAGAUUUUUAAGCUGAAGAAGCUUGUGAACGCUUUUUGGUGCAAGAGACAGCUUGAACAAGCAAAAUUGGAAUAACGACGACGAGUAUGAUCUUGUGAAUUUUCAGAAUUGCCUUUUCUGCAGAGUCAGAAUGACAUAUAGUGCUUUGUGCACCAGUAAGGUUGAUGGAUCUUUUGUGGUACGAAAUGCGACGGUUAUUGAAAACUUGAAUUUAACCCCGUAUUGUGAAGAGUAUAAAAGACUUGGCUUUGGCUCUGUACUUGAGGAACGUAUAGGGAGUAAAAGUGGACCUUGGAGGCUUUCUAUGGUCAAUCUUUCGUACGCAGCCUGUCAAAGUUACCUAGCUGUUUUAGUGGUGCCACAACACGUGACCGAUGACUCUUUGUUGCGCGUGUCUAAAAACCAUCGCCAUAUCCGUUUUCCUGUUUCGAUGUUGAGACAUAAAGUCAAUAAAUUCGCCGUUUUAUUGCGAUCUUCUGCCAUUGAACAGUAACAAGAAUUCAUCCUAAACCUUAGCUCUGCAAAGUAAUAAGAAUUCAUCCAAAACCAGUCAUCACAUUUCAUAAGCUCGUGGCCAACAUCAACGAGGUAUUGACGAACGAAAUGAAUCUUGAUGCAGAGAUCUGCGGAAAUAUUAAACAAAUCGCCAGGAAACUUUACGAUAAUGUAUGUCCACUUUGUACGCUUUUCGUAAUUUGAUCAAGAAACACAUAUCUUGUUUAUUUUUAUCUUUGUUGAUUGUUUUAACAUCUCUUUUUCACUCCGGACUUUUGUUCGGUAUUUGCAAGAAUCAAGUAAUUGCGCCGAAGAUGAUAUUCACAAUUUUCUUGCGCCACUCAAAGAAAAUCAGCCCACCGUUUUCCCGUUACUCGACUCGUCUAUCAUCAAUAAACAACUUGCUGAUUACGAUGCCAGUGCAGGUGAUCCUACUGCGAAUCGUGUUCAAUCAUUUGGCAAGGACCCGUAUGGAUCAGGAGAAUUUAGUUUUCAAACAAAACACUAUAUUAACGUUCGCAAGCUGGACGUUCUUCGUGGCUGCGUCGCUUACAUAUUUGAAAAUAAGAUUUCGGAAGCCAGAAAGGCAUUACCCUCCCUUCAAAGGGCGUUGAAGUCACGUGGAGCACAACUGGCGUUAUGUCAAGAGCUUGCUGCACGUUCUGAACAACAUAGAGCUGUUCUUGAACAUGAUCAGUUUGUUUUGGUUAUCACAUUGAUGAACUGUGCAUUGCAGGAUGAUGCGAGUUUGAGCGAUGGUGCUGUUGCAUCAGCCUUACUUCCUUUGACGUCAGAGUUUUGCAGGGUUGUAAAAACUGCGAAGAAGUUUGAGUGAGUUAGCAAGAAGAAUUGUAAAAACUGUAAAAAAUGCGUUCAAGAACAUCCCAUUUGGCAAAAUCCGCAGUUUUGGGAAGAAACGUUCUUUAGCGAUGUUCAAACGGAUAUAAAGCAUUUAUACGAUGGAACAAGCACUAAAAAGAGGCUAUCCACCGAUAAACUGUUAGCCCAUAGUUCUGGCAUUUUUGAACGCCUAUCCACUCCACGAAACUCACGGAACAGCCUCACGCAAGCAACGCCUCCGUCAUUAGUACCAAAACAAGACCUCAUUGUGAUCACAAAAUCUGGUAUCUACCCGCAGGAUGUAUCUGAUUCUGAUCUGAUAGUGAAUGAUGAAGCGUUAGAUAUUGCUGCUAAGCAGCUUGGCAUGUGGGAAACAUUUUCAAAAGAUUCACACAAGACAUACGUAACAAACGAGGAAAGCAUCGUGUUCAGCCAAGCCAUCCACUUCGUCAAUCGUAUGGUGUAUCUCAUGAUACCCCUCAGUGUCUCUCAAAUGGUUAAACCAAAGAAGAGACGUCAAAACGAUGUCAUUCUAGAAAAUACUGGGGUGGGUAGUGUGUAUGGGGACGUCCAUGCUGGUGACCACUGGGAAGAUGAUGAAACGGACACAAUUAUUGAUGAAGUGACGAGAUUUGUUAUUCGCUUUGUGGAUAGAGUUGGUACAGUUGCAGGAAUUUCAACCGACCAUUUGAAGUCUCUUUACAGCUUGGUGCCAAGAAGGGAUAUUUUUUUGUGUGUGGUGACUAUGCACACAGAAUCACUGGAACCAGUUUACAGAGAAUAUAAGCAACUUGCUCCCAUUCGAAAGGCUAAAAUAAUCCGACCCGCCAUGUUGCCUCUUGAAGAAAUGCAAAUGGAUGGACUUCGCUGUUAUUUAAUUCCGGAUGGUCGGGAGACUGGCACUGGUGUGCAUUAUGGCGGUCCUGUUAUGUUCCCUGCGGAAGGCGCUGUAUUUGUUACUAACUAUCGGAUUAUAUUCAAAGGAACUCCUCUUGAUGAAUUUGCUUCAGAAAUGAUCGUGACGAGAAGUUUUCCAAUUGGAUCCUUAGUGAGAGAUAAGAAACUCCCAGCUCAGUAUUUGCGACAUCUUAGAUCUUGGUUGCAAGAAUGUGUUCAAUUGCGAUCUGCGACGUUUCAGAUGUUAAAGCUUUGUUUUGAUGAGGAGGUCGGUGCCGAGAAAACUGAACUGUUUCGUAAAACGUUAACACGAUUACGAUAUCCUUCAUCGGUCUUAGACACGUUCUCGUUUAAAGAAGCGGACAAGAAACCGCCUGCAAAAGUUGUCCGCCUGCAAAUCCCACCCGCAGAAAGUCAACCGCGCAAUACUGGCGCUAGGAUACCUCGGGCUGUUAGUGACAUUCGAAAGGAAGCAAAGCAAGCGAGAGGAUCGAUAAAACGAGUCCAAACUCGAAAUGACAUAUCAUCUCCUAGAUUACCUAGGAAUAAUUUUUCAUCUGAUGGUUCUGUAGAAAGUAUGAGCGGCGAACAGGUUGAUGGAUCUUUUGUUGUACGAAAUGCGCCGGUUAUUGAAAACUUGAAUUUAACCCCGUAUUGUGAAGAGUAUAAAAGACUUGGCUUUGGCUCUGUACUUGAGGAACGUAUAGGGAGUAAAAGUGGAUCUUGGAGGCUUUCUAUGGUCAAUCUUUCGUACGCAGCCUGUCGAAGUUACCCGGCUGUUUUAGUGGUGCCACAACUUGUGACCGAUGACUCUUUGUAGCGCGUGUCUAAAAACCAUCGCCAUAUGCGUUUUCCUGUUGCGACGUGGAGACAUAAAGUCAAUAAAUUCGCCGUUUUAUUGCGAUCUUCUGCCAUUGAACGAAGCUCUGUGGCAUCCAUCAUUCGCUCUGGUGUAGCUGCAAGUGGUGGAAGCACUGACGCAAUACGUUCAUCCAACGUGGAGUAAGAUAAAUAUUUAUCUGCCGUAGUGUCUUCAAAUCCUGUAUCGUGGAAUAAAGCGGAGGCGAAACAUCGUUCACUGGCAGCCAACGUCAGCAUGUCUAAAGCAACGAUGAAUCUACGAUCAAAUGACAAGGCAUCUAAACGUGUUUCUGUUGUGGAUUCUGUUGACAAAGCAAUAACUGAGCAAGGAUGGGAGCCUGCUGCACUGUACGUUUUUGGAGACAAAAGCAAUUUAAAGAAUUUAAAGAAAGAUUCGUAUACCAAUAUUGAUUUUGUUCCUAUUGAGAUACCGGAUGUACGUGAUCUCAAAACCAGCUUACGUAAGUUGUUCAAAGUUUGCUGUCCCAGCAAUCCCCCUAAAGAUUCAACACAAGGUGAUCCAUUUUUCAAGUCGUUGCAAGAUACUGAUUGGUUGAAGCAGUUAUCGCUUGUACUUCGGAUAUCCGGUGCUGUCGUGGAUCUUUUGGACAUCCAGGGAUCAUCUGUUCUUGUCUCGUUUGAAGAUGGGUGGGACAUUACUACACAAGAAAGCUUCAUUUAAGCACCUACCUUAUGUUAUUUACAAAAGUUACUUGUUACGUAUGCUCCUAUAAACCAUUGAGGUCUUGCAAAACAUCUUUUAUAUUGGGUCAUACUUCAUGUAAGAUCUCCUUUUAGUAGCGUGGAGUUUGAUCUCUUGUUAUACAUUGAGUUCUAUAAGACCUGGAGGGGAAGGGUGUCUGGACCCGGUUGUCAAAAACAUGGCGGAUUUGGUAGUCAAAACUUCCACUUUAAAAAUUGUUUUCAAUAUUAACUCCCUCCUGAUUUCUAAUACUGUUUAUAUGAACGACAACAAGUGAAAAAAUUGCCAUACCGUCAGCAUAUCAUGUUAAAAUAAUUCUUUAGCAUUACGUGAAAACACAGUAAACACACACAUCUAAAUAAAGAAAAUCGACGGUAGAGAAACGCA